AUGACCAAAUCAGACAGUCUCGCCGAGUCCAACCUAUUCAAGCCGAUUAAAGUUGGUGCUCUCCAGUUGCAACAUCGUGUCGUUCACGCACCAACGUCCCGGUCACGGACCGAUCCGGAAAAAUACGUCCUCACCGAUAUCAUGCUUGACUAUUACCAUCAAAGGUCACGGACUCCAGGCACACUCGUGGUGACAGAAUCGAUGAUGGUUUCACCACAAGCUGGUAUUCUCCCAUUUAAAGCUGGGUUAUGGAAUGAUGGCCAGUUGCAAGCGUUAAAGAAACUCAGCGAUGUGAUUCACAAAAACGGUAGUUUUGUCAGUGCCCAAAUUAUUGGCGCUGGUCGUGUCUCCAAGAUCGAACUUUUGAAAGAGCAUGGUAUUCCAUAUACUGCUCCAUCAGCAAUUUACCAUACUGAAACACACAAGGAAACCGCCAAGAAGUUGGGGUGGGAAUUACGCGAAUUAACCGUGGAAGAGAUCCACCAAAUUCAAGACGAUUUCGUUGCUGCUGCUGCUAAUUGUAUCACUAAAGCAGACGUUGAUUUAGUAGAACUACAUGGUACUUCUGGGUUAUUAAUAGAACAAUUUCUCUCUCCGUUAUCCAACAAAAGAACUGAUGAGUAUGGAGGAAGUGUCGAGAAUAGAUGUCGUUUCCUUUUGGAAAUCCUUGAUAAAUGCAUUGCACACCCUGACAUUGGUGCUUCUAAAAUGGGUGUGAGAGUUACUGCAUGGAGUACCCACAACGGAAUGGUCUAUCCAGGAGUUAAGGACUACCUUGAUGAAAAACAGUUCCCGCCGGCUGAAUUCUGCAGAUAUGUCUUCCAGGAAUUGGAAAAAAGAAAGAAUCAGGGUAAUGAAAUUGCGUACCUUUCCAUCACCGAGCCUCGAGUUUCUGGAUCUUCUGAUGCUGACCCUACAGGAAAAUCCAAUGACCCAUUACUUCAACAUUGGUCCGGGAUUGUCGUUAGAAGUGGGGGAUACGCUACCAAUUACAAGGGUGAUCCAUUUGCCAUUAAAUCCAAUGCCCAAAACUUACGAGUCAAGGAUGGCGUAAUCAUGCAUUACGAAACCUUACUUCAUGAUGUCAACUCCGACGACAGAACAUUGAUUGGGUUCUCGCGGCCAUUUACUUCCAACCCGGACUUGAUUUCUCGUUUGGAACAUGGAUACAAGUUGGAUCAUUACAAUCGUGAGUUCUUUUAUACACAUACCAUCGAAGGGUAUUUGGACUACGGAGAUUACAACAAUGACCACGGUCCAAACUCAGUAUCUCUCUCACCCGAGGAAUUGUCACGGGAGGGAACGCCAUUGGUGUAG